AUGGCGGUUCCUUACCUUCAGCCUAUGGGAUAUACUGGGAACUUGCAGAGCACCCCCUCAUCCUCUACUCUGCCAAAUGUGGUUGCGACCAAUAACUUGGUUGGCAACACUUCUUCUACCGCUGCCAAGCUUAGAGACUUGACAGGCGAACGGGGAAUUUGGUUUAUUUUUAACGAUUUGAGUGUUCGCGCACCGGGCGAAUACCGAUUGAAAAUUUCUAUCAUGGAUUUGGGCAAAGCCUUGGCUCUAGGGGCUGCGCCAGAGCCCGGUACGCAGGAUGAAUCGUCUCCCGUCAUCGCAAGUAUAUUCACGGAUGUGUUCCGUGUCUAUUCGGCAAAGACCUUCCCGGGAAUGAUCAAUACCGAGCUCAGCAAGUGCUUUGUGGACCAGGGUGUAAGGAUCCCGGUCAACUACAAGAAUACCGCCCAACACGCAUAG